CAAAAAUCUCUAGGGUAUAAGCACAGGUCUGAUAAAGAGAAGGGAAAGAUGUUCUUGGGCGCGUUUCCUCGGAAGCCAGACAAGGCGACUGCGCUGAAGCAGCUGAGAACUCAAGUGACGAUCUUUGGAGUGGUGGUGGCCGUGAUUCGGAUCACUCCUUACCUUCUCCAUUACCUCUGCGAAGAAGAGGAAGAACUCAAGCUCGAUCUCUGAUGCUCACCUUGCUGUUCUUAUACGAGUGGAUGUAGAAGGGAGAGGAUCAAGAUGAUGGAAUUUUGCAGUUCUUUAGUUCAUUGUUCAUUGUUCAUUGUUGUGUAGCUGUAAUGGGAGUGUGGUCAACUUGUCCUGUUGAUCUUAUUCUGAGGGAUAAAAUUGUUUAUGAAUGAUUUUCUAUUGUGGGUUAGUCAUUUGGAAAAUUAGAUGCCUUUUGUGUUUUAUAAAUGCCAUAUGCCUAUGAAGUGCUCGUGGUCUUGUAUUCUGCUGAAAGGACCACUAUGGAUCCAUCUUGAAAAUCUUACUGUCGGUUGACU